GUGCGCGCGCAGGGCGCAGGCGCGCGGCCCCGGCUGCCCGCGAGAAGCCAGCCAGCUGCGGGACGCGGCUGGCGUCUGACGUGCGGAGACUGUGAAAAGGAUGGAGCCGCUGAAGGUGGAAAAGUUCAGCACCGCCGAUCGGGGACACGGGCUGCGCGCCUUGGCGCCCCUGCGCCCUGGAGAGCUGCUCUUCCGCUCCGAUCCCUUGGCGUACACGGUGUGCAAGGGGAGUCGUGGCGUUGUCUGCGACCGCUGCCUUCUCGGGAAGGAAAAGCUGAUGCGAUGCUCUCAGUGCCGGGUUGCCAAAUACUGUAGCGCUAAGUGUCAGAAAAAAGGUUGGCCGGACCACAAGCGGGAAUGCAAAUGCCUGAAAAGCUGCAAACCCAGAUAUCCUCCGGAUUCUGUCCGACUUCUUGGCAGAGUUGUUGUCAAACUUAUGGAAGAAACCCCCUCUGAAUCGGAGAAACUUUACUCAUUUUAUGAUCUGGAGUCAAAUAUUAACAAGCUGACUGAAGAUAAGAAAGAGGGCCUCAGGCAACUGGCAAUGACAUUUCAACAUUUCAUGAGAGAAGAAAUACAGGAUGCUUCUCAGCUGCCACCUUCCUUUGACAUUUUUGAAGCCUUUGCAAAAGUGAUCUGCAAUUCGUUCACCAUCUGUAAUGCUGAGAUGCAGGAAGUCGGCGUUGGCCUGUAUCCUAGCAUGUCUUUGCUCAAUCACAGCUGUGACCCCAACUGUUCGAUUGUGUUCAACGGGCCCCACCUCUUACUGCGUGCAGUCCGAGAUAUCGAGGCCGGGGAGGAGCUCACCAUCUGCUACCUGGACAUGCUGAUGACCAGUGACGAGCGCCAGAAGCAGCUGCGGGACCAGUACUGCUUUGAAUGUGACUGUUUCCGAUGCCAAACCCAGGACAAGGAUGCCGAUAUGCUAACCGGUGAUGAGCAAGUAUGGAAGGAAGUUCAAGAAUCCUUGAAACAAAUUGAAGAACUGAAGGCACAUUGGAAGUGGGAACAGGUCCUGGCCAUGUGCCAGAAGAUCAUAAACCACAAUUCUGCACGGCUUCCUGAUACCAACAUCUAUCAGCUGAGGGUGCUGGACUGCGCCAUGGACGCCUGCAUCAACCUGGGUCUGUUGGAGGAGGCGCUGUUCUACGGUAUUCGGACCAUGGAGCCAUACAGGAUCUUCUUCCCCGGAAGCCACCCCGUCAGAGGUGUGCAGGUCAUGAAGGUUGGCAAAUUGCAGUUACAUCAAGGCAUGUUCCCCCAGGCAAUGGAGAACUUGAGACUGGCUUUUGAUAUUAUGAGAGUGACACACGGCAGAGAGCACAGCCUCAUUGAGGAUUUGAUCCUACUCUUAGAAGAAUGCGACGCCAACAUAAGAGCAGCCUAACUGAGCCCAGUCGGGUGGAAAGACGGCUUAUGCCUCGAUUGAAUGCCUUACCGAGAUCACACACUCAAUACUUGGUUUGCUGUGCAACCCUCCCCUGUUAGAAAUGUUGUUCUGUGUUUAUGUAGGUUUGCCAACUACAAGAAUCAUUAGUUGUAGAGAAGCACGAUUAUAACAAAUAUUAAAAAGUUUGGUUGCAAAUGCCA